AUGGAGCGGGACCCGUCCUUCACCCUCAGCCGCGUCAUCGACAUGGACGUGGGAAAGCACAUCACGGAGCUGCAGGAGAUCUCGGACUCCGCCUCCAGGGAGUACAGCCUCGAGACGACCCUGUCGGCAAUGACCGAGCAGUGGGCCCCGGUCGUCUUCGAGGUGAAGCCCUGGAAGGACACCGAGACUUACAUCGUCAAUUCCACGACUGUGGAUGAGAUGCAGAGCCUCAUGGACGACCACGUCAUCAAGGCGCAGACCAUGAAGGGCUCCCCCUACGCGACUGCCUUCAUGACCGCAAUUGUGGAGAUGGAGAACUGGCUGCUUAACACGCAGGAAAUUAUGGACGUGUGGCUGAAGGUCCAGGCCGUCUGGUUAUACUUGGAACCCAUCUUCGGCUCGGAGGACAUUGUCAAGCAGAUGCCCACGGAGGCGGCGCUCUUCAAGGAAGUGGACUACUCCUGGCGCAGCACCAUGGCCAUGGCGAAGCAGGAAGAGAAGGCGAUGGCGGUCACCAAGGUUGAGGGCCUGCUUCAGACAUUGAAAGACUGCCACGUGCACCUGGAGACCGUGCAAAAGGGCUUGAAUGACUACCUGGAGACCAAGCGAUUGAGAUUCCCCCGCUUCUUCUUCCUGUCCAACGACAACCUGCUCGAGAUCCUUUCGGAGACGAAGGACCCCACGCGCGUGAACCCGCACAUGAAGAAAGCUUUCGAGGGCAUACAGUCGCUCGAGUUCACGGCCGACAGCAGGAUCGUCGCCAUGAACUCGUCGGAGAAGGAGCGCGUGCCGCUGGCCACGCCGGUGGACCCCGCGAAGGCGCGCGGCAGCGUGGAGCUGUGGCUCGUGGAGGUCGAAGCCUCGAUGCUGGAGACGGUUCGCGCCGUCACCAUGCAGGCCCACGACGCCUACCCCUCCACGCGCUUCGUCGAGUGGCUGAAAGCCUGGCCUGGCCAGGUCGUCAUCGCGAUCUUCUGCCUCUACUGGACCCGGGAAGUGUCCAGCGCCCUGCGCACGGAGGGCAACGCAGGCGCGGCGCGCGCGCGCCCCUGGCAGCUCGCGAUCGGCGCCCGCCCCCGCGAGCUCAAGCCUGCGGCGCCAGGCGCGCGGGGCUCGCGGCGAGCACGCUCCACGGAGAUCCACGCGGGCCGCGCCGAGGCGCGGUGCCUUGCCAUGACCGCUCGCGCCAGCGCCAAGGUGAGCAUCGGCUACGAGCCCACGCCCUCGGCCUGCGGCUUCAACGGAGUCGAAGGGCCCGUCUCCGCAGCCAGGAGGGGGCAGAAACAGUAUUCAGCCGCAGCUGUUUGUGCUCAGAGUUGCCUAGCUGCCAGCUCCGGCUCGCCCAUGCCAGGCAUGCCUGCUCGCGCACCGUACCAGGCCGCCCUCGCCCUCCAACAGCGGAUCGCAUGCAUCGCUGAGGCGGAGUCUCGUUGGGACAUCCACAAGCAUGCCGAUGGUAGUUGGAUGGAGUUGCCCAAAGCCGCGCCGCUGGGCCCCGUGUAUUUCGCUUCGGCGAAGCAGCACAAGCACCUCUCCCACGUGGGCGACUGGGCGAGGGAGCGGGCAACUGAGGGUUGGAUGGCCUUCGAGGCUGACCCGAGGGCGAUCCGGCUGCACGGGCAGAGGCGCCUGCAGAGUCGGCGCCGCUUGCCGCCGUGGCGGUUGGACGAGCGCUUCGGGAAGAGCAGACGGCCAGCCCAGGCGCAAGUGAUGCCGCCUGUGGCACCGCCGCUGCAACCGCCGACGAAGCGGCGCCGGAUCCGUUCCCUCCGCGAGCGAGGGGCAGCGGAGGCGGCGGCGGCUGCGGCAGGGCCUGGCGGCCCCGCGCCCCCUCUCGCCGCCCCCGCGGGCGCGGCCGCGCCCCCGCUUCCGGGAGCGGAAGGUGGAUUCGCUGGCAGAGCAGAGCUUGCAGCGCCAAGCCCCGAAGCGCUCGCAGCUCCAGUCGCCCCCCCCGCGGCGGCCGCAGGUCCAGCCCGCGGGCUGCGCACGGGCACGAAGCUCCCACUGCUUCAGAAGUUCCCCGACUUGGAGACCGCGCUUCGCAGGUGGCGCGAGCUGCGCGAGGCGGAGCGGAGCGAGGAUAAGAAGGUGUCCUUCCACGACGCGCUCUUCAACGCAGAGCUGCGGACGACUCGAGGGGCUUUCGAGCAGGCUGGGAUGCACGGGGGGCUACCGGAGAAAGUUUCAGCGGGGUGGUUUGUGGGGCACGAGAAGAGGCUGGGCAUCCUCGACUCGGCCGUGCAGCCCGCAGAGGUCCGGCGCCCUGAGCGCGCGGCGAUCGAGCAGUUCUGGGCGAGCUGCGCGCAGGGCAGGCCGCAGGUGCAAGAGGACUUCCAGGGGUCGCGCGUCGUUCACGGCGUGUCCCCCGCGGAGCGGGGCCGCGCGCUGCUGCUUGCGAAGUCGUGCAGGCCGCCGUUGCUGAAGGCCAUCCAGGAAGAUUUCGGGGGGCAUGUCGAGGUGGUCGCCCGCAGGGGUUCAGCAAUGACUGGCGCCACCCACGCCCGCGUGGUGCCGGAGAAGAUGUUCGGCCCCCUCGCUGAUCACAUCGGGCACGUCCGGGGCGAACUCCAGCGCAAGAGGCGGGAUGCGCUGGCCAAGUUCAACUUGGUCCGCGAGCUUCUGCCGGAGAACAGCACGCCCGACCUGUGCGAGGUUGGUCAGAUUGCGAAGAUCUUCAAGCAAGAGAAAAACAACGUCCUCCACGAGAUCUUGGGAGAUGGCCCUGAUAUCAGACUGCGUCCUUCGCGGUCUCCGAAUGCGGCCGCGCACAAGGCCGCCGGCGUGCUCCGCGAGCACCCGAGCGCGGCCCUGGCGGGCGUGAAUGAUUUGCGCCGCAGGCAGCAGGCCUUGCGCAAGCAGAACGUUUGGCUGCGCGCUGAUCAGGAUUCCAGCGGCGGGCCCGCCGCGGAAGCUCCUGACGCUCCGGCGCCAUCCGCCGAGGAGCUCGCUGUCUUGCGCCGAAAUCAGCAGGAGCUCGCUCGCAUCCGGGGGAAGCUGCUCGACGGCAUCUUGGCGCAGCUCGCCGGCGGGGCCGAAGAUGCCGACGGCGCAAGCCUCUCCCGCGCUCUCGACGCGAGCCGCGCGACGCCCUUCGAGUCCACCCUUGCCAACGUUGCCGAGUUGCCUGCGCAGGAUAACGUCGGGGAGAGCAAAUAUUUUUUGGCGGUUGGGGCCCGCGUCUGCGCCGGUCUCGUCGCGCCCCUGGCGAGCGAGGCGGCGGCCGCAACGGGCGCGGCGGCAGCUGCUGCGCCCCACUAA